AUAUCGGGUUAUCCAAACAUCGACCGUUCGUUUACAACUGUUAAGUUAACGUAUAUGGAUUUACAGGUGGUUCGUCAAUUGUACAUUAAUGAUAUAUGAUUUCUGCUCAACAGGAAAUGGAUUAUGACUAUUUGAUAAAAUUUCUGGCUCUGGGAGAUUCAGGAGUUGGAAAAACAAGCUUUCUUUAUCAAUAUACUGAUGGAAUGUUCAACUCACGAUUCAUAUCUACUGUAGGAAUAGAUUUCAGAGAGAAGAGAAUGAUUUAUCAGUCGAAAGGCAGAAACCAUAGGAUCCACUUACAACUUUGGGACACUGCCGGACAAGAAAGAUUCCGCAGCCUAACAACUGCAUUCUAUAGAGAUGCCAUGGGGUUUUUACUUCUCUUUGAUCUUACCAACGAGCAAUCAUUUUUAGAAAUUCGUAACUGGAUAGAGCAGCUGAGGUUGCACGCAUAUUGUGAUUCUCCUGAUGUAGUAUUAUGUGGAAACAAAGCGGACUUGGAAGAUAAAAGAGUAAUAACCGAAUGGAGAGCAAGAGAAUUAGCUGAAAAACAUGGUCUUCCAUAUUUAGAAACAAGUGCUGCCACUGGACAAAAUAUCAACAGAGCUGUGGAAACUCUCUUGGAGAGAGUGAUGUUGAGGAUGGAGACUGCAGUGGAUAAAGCCAUGCUUCCUGGUAGAAGAGGAAGACCAAGAGAUCCCAAUGAUCCUGACUUGAAUGCUCCGCCUAACCAAAAAUGUUCAUGUUGAUAAUAAUUAUUAUUGCCACCAGGGUGACUGUUGCAAGUGUUGGUUGCUAGUCUUCUUCAAGUGCUGUUAGCUGGAAUGAUUCAUUUUUAAAUAAGCGAACACAUGAGUUAUAGAGUGAGUUUGAAAAAUAAGUCACUGCCUCUCUAUAUGAGAUUUUUGUCAAUAUCCUUAUCUUCCAACCUCUUACAAAGUAAAUAAUGAAUAGGUGUUUUUUUCACAUCUCUGAGAAAAUCUUCAAUUAUUUUGUUAGAUUCAUUUCUAGCUCAAAUAAGUGUGUUCCAAAAACCUGUAUUUGAAGACUUUAAAAUGACAUUUUCGGUCACCCACAAGACUGAGGAAUAUUAUAAAGAACCAGUAUUAAUCUAUUGUUGUUGCAACUCUAAAUUAUCAAAUAGGAACCAAUUAGAACUUAUUCGUGUUGAGCCUAAAAUUACUUUUAUCAACAGAUUUUAUGAAGAGUGACUUUAUAAAUGAUAUAUAUUAUAGCUUUUGUAUCUGUGGAUACUUUGGUGUUGAAUAAAACUAUUUUGAAGGUA